UUCAAUUUGAUACAAUAUUUUUUCUGUACAUAUGUUGUACAUAUUGGUCCUAUGUUCAAGCCGCCUUUCCUCUAAUUAGUUUGAGCCACUCAUGACAUAUCAUAAUUAAUCAAACAUAUUGCAAACUGUAAUGGGUAAUUAUGACCUAUGCCCAGAGGGCCAUCAGAAGUUGAGUUGCUUGUUAUUUAAAUGCCUUGUGUUUGUGUGUGUGUUAGUAGGAAAGAGAGAGAGGAAAGAACACUUCACCAACUUCCCCUUUAAUUGGUUGGAAAUCAUCAAAGAGAAAGAAGGCAGGAGAAUGGAGGGGACCUGGAUAUUUUUGAUUGUUCUGCUUGCGAUUCUUCUGCUCCUCUACUUUCUGAAGCAGCAGUGGUCACGCCAACAUUUUCCACCUGGACCUCUUGCCCUUCCUCUCAUUGGAGGCAUAUGGAAAAUUAACUUUGGAACUGGAUAUAAUGUAGACACACCAAUGCAGUUUGCAGAACAAUAUGGAAACAUUUUUACUUUGUGGGUUGGACAUAUGCCAGUUGUGUUUUUGUCUGGAUUUCAAGCUGUGAAAGAAGGACUGGUUGAUCAUUCGGAAGAAUUCUCAGAGCGACCACAGAGUCCAUUUCUUACAACUAUAGGAAAAGGAAAGGGUAUUGUAUUUUCAAAUGGACAUACCUGGAAGCAGCAGAGGCGGUUUGGCGUAGUUACGCUGCGGAAACUGGGAGUGGGGAAAAAAAGCAUGGAGGGCCAAAUAGAAGAGGAAUCCCGACAGCUUGUAGAGCUUUUUGCACGUGAAAAAGGGCAGCCAUUUGAUCCUGCAUUGCCCAUCACCAAUUCAGUCUCCAAUGUGAUAUGUGCCAUGACUUUUGGAUACCGGUUUCCCCUUGAAGAUGAAACCUUCAAGGAACUGAUUGAUGCCAUUACAUAUUCCUUAAAAUUUGGAGGAAGUCCAUUUCAUUUGCUAUAUGAAAUGUUUCCAUGGCUCAUGAAGCAUCUUCCAGGGCCCCACAAAGAGGCAUUGCAUACCAUAGAGAUGGUACUUUCAUUAGCAAAGAAAGAAAUACGGAAACAUAAGGAGCAAAAGUCCUUUCAGGAGCCACGGGAUUUCAUUGAUUUCUUUCUGCUUGAAAUAGAGAAAGAUCAGAGGAGGAAUGAUCCUACUUCAACAUAUGAUGAAGAGAACCUGGCUCAGGAUAUUCAUGACUUAUUUCUCGCUGGAACAGAAGCAAUAAUCAUUUCUCUGAAAUGGGCAGUCCUCCUUUUGGCAAAUCAUCCAGAUAUUCAAGAUAAAGCCUACAAGGAAAUAGAAGAUGUUUUGAGUUCCUCUUCCUUCAGCUAUCAAGAUCUAAAGAAGCUCCCUUAUACAAAUGCCGUGCUUCAUGAGAUCCAGCGUUCAAAAUAUUCCUCCCUAUUUGGAGUCCCAAGACAAACUGCCACUGAUGUGAAGAUGAGAGGUUUUCUUAUCCCUAAGGGGACAACCGUUAUAACAAAUCUACGCUCUGUUCUUCUUGAUCCUGAGCAUUGGGAGUCUCCUAAUGAGUUCAAUCCAAAACAUUUUUUGGACCAGGAUGGACAUUUUGUUGCUAGGGAAGAAUAUCUGGGAUUUGGUGCAGGGGCUCGGGCAUGUUUGGGGGAGCAUCUGGCAAGGAUGGAGUUCUUCAUCUUCUUGGUCAACUUGCUGAGGGCCUUCCGUUUCGAGCUGCCUCCAGGAGUCAAAAAACUCAAUGAAGAACCUGUAGCAGGAUUUAUAACACCACCCCAUCCUUAUAAAGUGUGCGCUCUUCAUCGCUGUGGUUCAUCAUAAAACAUACAAAAAUAGUUACAAUGCCAUAUACUUUAUUGCUGUAAUUUUAAACCAAAUCCAGGCUUCCUUUCAUUUUCCCAAAUUUCCUUCCUAUGCUUAAGACCUGAAGAACACCAGUCAUAAAGUACAAAUUGAUUUAUUGUGAAAUACUAUUCUAUGAUUCUAUGAUUCUAUGAAAUCACCAUUCAUAAUCCAGGAAUACUACUGGCAAUCUGGCAUAAACCAAUAUAGCUGUAUUUUCUCAGUUCUUGGAAUAAAGAUAAUACCGUAUAUACUCGAGUAUAAGCCGACCCGAAUAUAAACCGAGUCACCUAAUUUUACCACAAAAAACCUGGGAAAACAUUGACUCCAGUAUAAGCAGAGGGUGGUAAAUUUCAGAAAUAAAAAUAGAUACCAAUAAAAUUACAUUAAUUGAGGCAUCAGUAGGUUAAAUGUUUUUGAAUAUUUACAUAAAGCUCAAAUUUAUGAUAAGACUGUCCAACUCUGAUUAAAUCAUUAUUCUCAUCUUCUUCAAUGUAAAUGUGCUUAUGUAUCCUUUUAAUAAAAAUAGAGUAAAAUAAUACAUGCAAUAAUAAUAGUAAUAAAUACAGGAAAAUAAUACAUGUAAUAAUAAAUAGAGUAAAAUAAUAAAUGCAAUAAUAAUAAUAAGAUCAGAGUGAAAUAAUAAGUGUAUUAUUAUUAAUAAUAAAAACAGAGUAAAAUAAAUGUAAUAGUAGCAACAAUAAUAGAGAAAAAUAAUAAAUGUAAUAAUACCAGUAAUAAUAGAGAAAAAUAAUAAAUGUACCAUAUAUUCUUGAGUAUAAGCUGACCCAAAUAUAAGCCAACCAGGACCCUCACCCGAGUAUAAGCCGAGGGAGGCUUUUUCAGUCUUAAAAAAAGGGCUGAAAAACUAGGCUUAUACUCGAGUAUAUACAGUACUCAAAAAUAUAAGCUAUAAGACCAGUAGAUGGUCAUAGUGAAUAUAAGCAGUUGCCUUCUUGUUAUAUAAACUUUUCCUUGUUGAAAAACAGUUGUUCCGUCUAGAGGCAGCUUCUAUAAAUCUUAAUAUAAGAUAGAUCCAAUGGUUGCAAGGUGAUUCUUAUUGUGAUUUUCAAUCUCUGUAUUCACACUCUGCCAGGACCGUAUUAUUUAUUGUGUAUUGCGUAUAGUAUUUUCCUGGAAGUGCUUACUAUACGAUGAUAUGCUAGGGAGGUCUGCCCCAGCAUACUGGGGAAAAGUCUGGAUAUGACUCUUCGAAGGCUUUUACCUGGGUGAAAUGUUCUAGGAUCUGUUCUAUAUCUCUAAUCUGUAGCCCCAAAUCCUGUUCUUUUUCUUUAGCAAAUAUGGCUUCUUGUUAUUUUCAUUCCAUUAAUAGAUUAAUAUGGAAAAUUUGAGUAUUAUUGGUCAUAACAAAACAAUAUAAAAAGCUACACUACUACCACCAAUAUCUCUUGGGCAGGAUUAUGUUUUUGAAACAGGCCAAGGUAUGCAAGCAGAGAGAGAGAGAUGUUCCUUUCCCUAUGUUUCACCUUUCUCCUCCUCCUCUAAUCUGUUUUUAUCCCCAUUGUUUAUGUUCCUAGUAGGAUUAUCUUGCGAAAGAAUGUAAAGUGUAAUUAAAUCUUUCAUCUCAAAGAGA